CACUCUCUCUUUCUUCUGCCAUUGUCGCAGGACCGCCUUGACUUUGAUUCGCGCGAGCGCACGGCAGAAGAUGAAGCUUCGUCGCCCUCCGCCUCCUCUUCUGGCCGCUCUGACGCUCGUCGCAGUAGCCAACCUCUCUGCCCCCGCUGUCUCGGCUGGCUCGCCUCGCUGCAAGGCGUGGCUCGUCCAGUCCAUCCCCACCGACAUGCCCCUCCUCCGCCGCGUCCCCGGCGUCCUCUCCACCGCGGAUGUGCUGCGGUGGUUGGCGGGAAACUCGACGAAGAAGCUGGACAUCAUAGCAUACUAUUGGCAGCUGAAUGCUCGUCCUGAUGAUCCUACCUCCGGCGAUUAUGGUUACUCUCAGUCUGACAUGCUCCGACUUGGGGCCGAUUUGGGUCGCGGUGUUUACAAAGCCAUUGAAGAUGCCGCCGAUCGGAAUGUCACUAUUAGGCUUUUACAUCACUCAGGAGCGCCUCCUGACUAUGACAGAGAACCAAAUGACCUUGCUUCAGGAAGGACAAACGUCAAGUCUGUAACUCUGUUACUUGCCAAAUGGUGGGGAUCAGGCAUAAUUCAUGCGAAAGUGUGGAUAUCAAAUAAUCAAGAUGUUUAUAUUGGAUCUGCAAACAACGAUUGGAAGGCCCUUUCUCAGGUGAAGGAACUUGGAAUAUACCUUGUUAAUUGUCCCAAAAUAGCAAAGAAGGUUGAAUCCUACAAUGACAAUCUGUGGAAACUUUCCUCUCUCGAUGCUUCAGCUUACACAAAGAAUGUCUGGGAUCAACAAUGGCAGAUCACCAGAAAAGUUCCCUGUUGGUCACAUUUCCUUGAACCUGACGAGCGAUGCAAGUCACCUCUUCCUCGAUCUGUGGAGGUUCCUCAUGUAGCAGGCUAUCCAGUCCUGUCACAUCCUCACAUGUUUCGGCUUCCAUUAGAUACUCCUGGACGUAAUCACACGUCUUCACAAUAUCAACAUAGCUAUCUUUCUUUUGCUCCUCCAGAGCUGUCAUUUGGCAAGUACCAGGCUGACGAGCAGGCAUGGGUCGACACAAUAAAAUCAGUUGGAAGUGGAGGCACCGUUAGGAUCAGCACAAUGGAUUGGCUUGGUCAAUCACAAUAUAUUGACCAAACUGUUUAUUGGUCAUCCCUUUCUUCUGCUGUGUCAGAGGUUGUCUUUUCCAAGCAUGCCAAAGUGAAGAUAUUGGUAGCAUAUUGGACACAUUCAAUAAACAACACUGACGUUUACCUGAAAUCUCUCCUCUAUUCCAAUGUCCUUUGCUCCUCUUCAAAGUACAACAAUUGUUCUGGCAAAGUUGAGAUCAAGUACUACAUGGUGCCGGGUUUUAACGCGACUGGAGCUGCGAUCAGCAAUGGGACCAGCACUGGGAAUAAGUAUCCUGGUCGCACUCGGGUCAACCAUGGGAAGUAUGUUGUCAGUGAUGUGAGAGCCCACAUGGGAACGAGCAACCUCUUGUGGGACUAUUUCUAUACUACUGCCGGUGUCAGCUUUGGGACGUAUGACCAGCACAUAGUUUCGCAGCUUCAAGAAGUCUUCGAUGCUGAUUAGGAUUCACCAUAUGCUGUUCCUGUGGGAGAGUUUGAGGAAGGGCACUCGUUUUCGGGCUGACUAGCGCCUGCACACAAGGUAUGGACCGGCUACAAUUAGCACAGAAAGGGGCACGACGACAAUCAAAUUAAGUCUUCUAAUGCGAAGGGCACAGCCAGUAGAGUUGCGCCGCAUCUUGAGACGAGGACAUUGUUCGGACUUAAUUUUACCAGAAUGAUUUACACCUUGUAAUCUCAAACUAAAGCUAUUGGUAUCUCCUCCUUGAUGAUUAUAGCAAAGGAAGAGGCAGCUUCAUUGCUUGUAUACAUUAUCUCGAGAGAGUGCAUUUCUUGAAGCUA